GCGAGCGAGAUCGUAUUUUGGUGUAUACGCCGCAGCUGACGACAUGCCUCGUAUCUCGGAUCACAACUCCACAUCUCUAAUAUUGCUGCCUUAAACCACCCCCCGCAAAUCCCAACAAAAACAAACACAACUCCUCAUCCCUCUUCCCAAAAAUUCCCCCAAUCCUGAUCCCCAUACAAAACAUCCCCCGUCUUCAAAUUCAAUCCCCAGCCAUGCCAACCCCAACCUCAUCCUUUCCCCGAUCCCACCACCUCGACAACCUCCGUACCUUCCUAACCACGCUCGUAAUCCUCAGCCACGCCAGCAUCUCCUACGGUGGCACCGGAACAUGGAUCUACAUUUCCACUCUCCAUACCCGGUACUCCAGCCUUCCCUUACUUGCCUUCAACAUCCUUAACCAAACGUUCUUCAUGGCCGUAUUCUUCCUUCUCUCCGGAUACUUUACCGCCCUGGCAGCCGCUAAGAAAGGAAGGGGAGAGUUCUUAAGAGAAAAGGUAAAGAGGCUAGGUAUACCGAUGGUGGUAUAUUCGCUUUUUGUGAAUCCGGGGAUUUGGGUGAUGAUGCAGGUGAUGCUGGGGGAAGAGAGCAGGGAAGGGGGUUUGUGGAAGGGGUUUUGGAGGGAGGUUGGGAAGGUGAGGGGGGUUAGGGGGCCGGUUUGGUAUUGUGGGUUAUUGUUAGUUUUUGAUGGAGUGUAUGCAGUUGUCAGACGCCAGGAUUUCGGUGCUAUGAAAAGGAAGAGUAAGAAGAUGACAGAGAAGAAAGAUGAUGGGGAUGGGAAGAGGAGUGAGCGCCACAGCAACACUACAACUAAAGUCCUGAGACGGCCAGGCACCAAACCGCAAACCAUAUCCCCAAUCCAAGUCUUCUUCGCUUUUACUGUAACAUCCACGCUCUCUUUCCUAAUCCGCAUCUCCUAUCCCCUCGGAACCCGCCUUAGGCCCCUAAACAUUAACCCUGGCUACGUACCACAAUACCUCCUUUUCUACACCACCGGCAUACUCGCACACACACACUACAAAACCGGAUUGUCCUCACUAAUUCCCCGUCGCACUCGAAUCACCCUCAUCCUCGCUUUCCUCCUUAUCACCAUUUCCGGCCUCCUAAGCUUGAAAUCCCAGAUCUCUACAGAGCAGCAGAGAACCGGUACUCGUCCCCCUAUCGCCACCAUCCUCCCUUACUUCCGCGGCGGCUUCAACCACUUCUCCUCCAUCUAUUCGCUCUGGAAUGAAGUCACAGGCAUACUCAUCACCUCCAUCAUCUUAAGUUUCUUCAAAAACUCCAAAUACCUCAACCAGAAAUGGACCUUUUGGGGGUUUGAUGUAGCGAGAUACAGUUAUCCCGCGUUUCUGGUGCACGUAGUUGUACUAGUGUUUGUGCAGUGUGUGACGGAUCAGUGGGUGAUGGGGAAUGCAGUUGUGAAAGCGGGGAUUGUGGGUGCGGUUGCCGUCGUUGGGAGUUGGAUGGCCGGGUGGGGGUUGGUGAGGGGGGUUGAGGGGACGGUAGGGAAAGGGUACGUGUGAAACGAUACAUAGUAGUGUGGGUAUCAAUAUUCCAUUGAAUGAAUCGAGCUGGGUAUCAAAUACUAUUCUCCUCGCUACUACCUCGCCCCUUUCCGUACCCUUUCUUGCCUACUAAGCCUUUGAU